AAUGUAUUAAAAGGUUUAUUAUAAAAAUAUUUAAAACCUUUCUCAAAUAUGUUGCCAAGCAACCAAUCAAUCUACAGAUUCUUUGUUCAACACUUCAUAUGGUAGUCUAACAACAGCUGCACCUGGGGCUAACCUAUCUCUUUGUGAAAAAAAGAGAAGUAAUGUUGAAUUUCUAUAGGCACUUAGUGCACAGAGAUGAGUCUGGUUGAUAGCUUUUUCCGUUUCAUCCUGCAUUUCUUUGGAAGCAUGGUGAUGCUGGAUGAAUUAUAUAUGUAGAUGUUUCUUCCAUGCACUACAAAUUGGCAGGCGGAGCUGGGUUUAUUUAUCAAACAGCAUGAGUGAAAUUAAAAUUAAAAAGCUUGGUUUGCCCAUCAUAUUUGUAUGGGAAUCCAAAAUUUCCCUUUCCCCUAUAUCCUUCCAACUGCCACUGGCUACCCUCUCCAAUUAUCCAUCUAGUUUUCUUACCCUCCACCCCAGCUAGCCCUAACUUCUAAAACCCAACUGGUUUUAUCACGUGUUACCCCACCCAUGAAAACCCGUGAAGAAUUGGGGCCCUUAGAGAAGAAGAAGUACCAAAAAUAUUCUUGAAUUGAUGAAAUAAAUGGUCAUAUUCUAACAAUAUGCCUUUACAUCUUCUAGCCCCCUUCAAACAUUUGGAGAAUUCACGUGGCAGUAGUUUGACAUCAAGUUUAUGGAAGUAGAGUUUUGUGAAGAUGUCAUUGUGUCACAUAUAUUAAAAAAAAUAUCUGUUUCCGCUGUAAGAGGAAAAUUACAUGUAAAUAAGUAUACAUUGUAUGAGCAGUCUAUGUAUGUCCCCAGAUAGAAAAUAUUAACGACAUGUUUAGAACUCCAUUUUCACAGGCAUCUUACCUGCAUAGGUACUUGUUUGCACAUAUAUUUCUCUGUUGCAUAAUCUUGCUCUCCUUGGAUUAUUACUUGAUUUAGAAGAUUGGAAAGUCACUAUUUAAUGGUCUAAAUUUGAAAAAUACUCUCUCUCAAAUUGUAAUUGUAUGUGUGAAUCACGUAUGUAAAGUGGAUGGCUUUAACUUUUAACCAAUCAAUUAUUUAGGUGCAUCUUGGUUUCUACUUUUCGAGAGUACGAAAUUUUCAUUUGUGCCCACUUAAACAAUUUUCAUUUUAAAGCUUCUGUACCUGAACUCUGAAAUAUGUGAACAGUACAAUACUUUCUAUAAUUACAUGAGUGUAGUGCCCUGCCUUUGGGCUCUAGUUGAAUUUGUCCCUAUGUGAAUUAUCUGUUUGACGUUUCUUCGAUGCAGGGCGAUCUUUUGAAUGUCAAAGUAAACAAAUUGACCUCUAUAAAAACUCAACUUCCUUACUCCUUCUAUUCCCUUCCGUAUUGUAAACCAGAAAAAAUCAUGGACAGUGCUGAGAAUCUUGGGGAAGUUCUUCGUGGUGAUCGCAUUGAGAACUCUCCCUAUCUGUUUAAAAUGCGAGAACCACAGAUGUGCAAUAUUGUUUGCCGUAUUACACUUGAUGCGAAACAAGCAAAGGAAUUUAAAGAGAGGAUAGAUGAUGAUUACCUGGUGAACAUGAUUUUAGAUAAUCUACCUCUAGUCGUGCCUUAUAAAAGAUCAGACAUAGAUUCAUUGGUGUAUCAGCACGGCUUCCGUGUUGGUCUCAAGGGACAAUACACAGGUAGCAAGGAGGAGAAGUAUUUCAUUCACAAUCAUUUGACAUUUACUGUAAAAUUUCACAAGGAUGAACAAACCGGUGCUGCAAGAAUUGUGGGAUUUGAAGUCAAGCCAUUCAGUGUUAAGCAUGAAUACGAGGGUGAUUGGGAUAAUAAAACAAGAUUAACAACCUGCAAUCCUCAUGCUAAUCGAACUGUAACGAGCUCGGACUCUCCUCAGGAAGUUGAAGAUAAGAAGGAAAUUAUCUUCACAUACGAUGUAGAGUUUGAGGAGAGCGAAGUCAAGUGGGCAUCUAGAUGGGACACUUAUCUUUUGAUGGCUGAUGACCAAAUCCAUUGGUUCUCAAUUGUAAAUUCUUUAAUGAUUGUUCUUUUCCUGUCUGGAAUGGUUGCAAUGAUUAUGUUACGGACCCUCUAUCGUGACAUCUCCAAUUAUAACCAGCUAGAGACCCAGGAAGAAGCUCAAGAAGAAACUGGGUGGAAAUUAGUUCAUGGGGAUGUUUUCAGGCAGCCAACAAACUCUGAUUUGCUCUGUGUUUAUGUUGGAAGUGGUGUGCAGUUCUUUGGAAUGGUACUGGUUAUGAUGAUUUUUGCUGCUCUUGGGUUCCUGUCCCCUUCUAACCGAGGAGGGUUGAUGACAGCUAUGCUUCUUCUCUGGGUGUUUAUGGGUCUUUUUGCUGGAUACUCCUCUGCUCGUCUCUACAAGAUGUUCAAGGGAACAGAAUGGAAGAAAAUCACUCUUAGAACGGCUUUCAUGUUCCCUGGAAUUGUCUUUGCCAUUUUCUUUGUCUUGAAUGCUCUAAUUUGGGGUGAGAAAUCAUCAGGGGCUGUGCCGUUUGGUACCAUGUUUGCAUUAAUGUUUUUGUGGUUCGGCAUUUCUGUUCCACUCGUUUUUGUUGGUAGUUAUGUUGGAUUUAAAAAGCCAGCUAUAGAGGAUCCUGUUAAAACCAAUAAAAUUCCAAGGCAAAUACCCGAGCAAGCCUGGUACAUGACCCCGGUCUUCUCUAUCUUGAUUGGAGGCAUACUCCCAUUCGGGGCAGUGUUUAUUGAGCUGUUCUUCAUCCUGACAUCAAUCUGGUUGCAUCAGUUCUACUAUAUUUUUGGCUUUCUCUUCCUUGUGUUCAUCAUCCUCAUUGUCACUUGUGCAGAGAUCACAAUCGUGCUUUGCUAUUUCCAGCUAUGCAGUGAGGAUUACCUCUGGUGGUGGAGAUCAUACCUGACCUCAGGCUCAUCAGCUCUAUACCUCUUUCUUUAUACAGCUUUCUACUUCUUCACGAAGCUAAACAUAACAAAACCGAUAUCUGGUAUUCUGUACUUCGGAUACAUGCUGAUUGCUUCAUAUGCCUUCUUCGUGCUGAGUGGUACAAUAGGAUUCUAUGCAUGUUUCUGGUUCACAAGGCUCAUCUACUCAUCAGUGAAGAUUGACUAGGCGAUGCCGUGUGAAUAUUUAGUGUUAAAAGUUCUUGAAGAAAACAUGAACAGGUUGGUUUUGCAGUUUACACGACCUUUAUUGUGACUUUGCUCAUUGCCGAGGUUGAGCUCCAAAACCUUUAAAGACAGAAGUUUGCUUUUUACAAUCUUCCACACAGACCUCUCGAGUUUGAAUCUCCUGUGCAUUUUUUUAUUUUUAUUUUUUUGGUAGUUUUCCUUAUGAAACCUUCUGCGUGGAUGCCGGGGCAAUUCAAUAGGUUGUGUAAAGCCCCGGUUUUAGCGCUUUGUAAAUUUUAUUCUAAUGGUUACACUCGUGUCUGGAGAGAACGGUAUACCUACUCCUCAACAUCAUACUGAUCAAUUUGCGACGUUUAUACACGGCAGAUUUAUCCUCAUUUUUAAGGAUAACUUGGGUGUGUUGCUUUGUAUUCCUAAUAAAGAUGUCAUAAUUUUUUGA